AUGAAGUCCUUUGGUUUCUGGAAUGGCCAAUUGAUGUUGUUGGUAUCAACAGGUUUUCUCUUAGCUGCAUGUCACGGGUUUGUUCCGAAUUAUCUUCCAUCCACAACAGUUGUUUCCCACGGCAAUAAACCACCCUCGAGAACGACGAGACUGUAUCAAUCGGAUGACAGCAACGACAAGUCCGCCAAAGUCCGCUUUUCCGGUGCUUCCGAGGCUACCAGUACUUCCAAUCCUAUCGAUUCGGCCAUUUCGCUCCUUUCAUCGGAUGUCGCAUCCAUUGGGCUUGGUUUGGUGGGACUGUGCCUUCUUUCGAUUGAACGAUUGACACUCCCCGAUGCAGCCACGCUGGGAAUUAUGGAUCCCUCGCAAUAUGCCGAACAAUUGGGAGAAGAAACCCGCUCCAAUUUGAUUGCCGUCAUUGCCUGCGGAUCGGUACUGCUCAAUGGAUUGAGCAAACUAGAUGUCACAUCGGCAUUGGCCGAAGAAGUCACACUGGAGGGGGUCGUCGUUUCGGAACCCGUCUGGUUCACAACCACAAGAACCCAAGAAAAUAUCAACAGCAACCAGGAACUCGAUUGGGCCAUGGAAUCCUUUCUAAAGGCCACACCUGCCAAAUCCGUAGCUAUACUACAACAUCAAUCCAGCGAUGAUAGUACCAGUAGUAGUUGGCAAGUCGCAGCCGCCAUGGGCACGCUGCCAGACUUUUCUCCACAAGAACCACCACCUGUACCCGCCACGACGCCCAUACUGGAUCGAUCCAAAAAAUCGGGUGCCGGUGAAACCUACUUGCCAACCUUACAGGCGCUGCCGGGAAAGACCGAAUUCACCUAUUUACCUGCCAACACACAAGGAGUCCUGAUACUACCCAUUCCAAAUAAUGCGGCCGCCAUUGUCUUGGGAUCCAAUUGUGCCAAGAGUUUUACACCACGGGAUGUGGCAUGGUGUCAAACGAUUGCAGGUCGAUUGGGGACGAUAUGAUUCGAAAUAUGAUUGAAUAGCUAGCUAGCCAUUGCUUGUUCUGCAUAGAAUAGUAGAUCGUUUUAUGUGG